UCUGUCUCUUUUCGUUCGGCUGAGCGUAGACAUCAUGUCGCUGCUGAUUGUAGCGUUUUUAAUCGCCCGAAAUCACAGCGGUGGCGACAAUCACAGUUAGAGUGGCGCUUAUAACGGUACUCGGGUGUUAGACGACACAUUGCAAACAAGAACGCGCUUGUCAAUCAGCAAACAAAACACACACAAAAUAAUCAACGAAAAAAAACCGAACUUAAAUUCUAGUCGCAAAGCAAACAAAUAAAAAAUCCUAUAAAAAUCGUGCCAGAAACCGAAAUAAAUAAUAUUAAUAAACAUUAAAUUAAUAGCCAUCACACAGAUACGAACACACAAACACACACACACACACGCAGCUGUUGUUGGUGAAAGUGUAUGGGUGGACGAGAAGAAGGAAGUGCUGCUGGUGCUGCCUCUGUCGCUGCUUCUGCUUGGAAUUGGCGGCAGUUUGACCGCAACAACAACUACUACACACACACACACGCACGCACACAUUGAUACGCGUUCGUCAUCAGUCGCCGUCGUCGUUGUCGUUAUCCCCCCCACCCCCUCCCUUCCUCUACAGCCCCGUUGUUCCUGGCCCUUGCCAUUGUGACAUUUGAUUUAUUUGACGUGUGUGUGUUUUUGAUAGAAGCUCAACACGAAACUGACACGUUCACACACACACACACACACACGUACGAGUGAGGAAAGGCUCUGCCUCUGCCUACCCACCCCACGCCCCCCCGCUCUGUGCUUAAGAAUUUCAAAUUUCUUGAGGCGAACAAAAAUAAAAUUCAACGCGUUUUUUUUCGCAUAUGUUUUUCGAAAAAGUGUGACACAAACAAAUCCAAAAAACCGAACCGAACCGAACAGAACGCUAUCAAUGGCAGCGACGAAAUUAAUUACCAAACAACAGUAAUCUUAAAUAGUUCUAAAUAUAAAGAAAUAAAUAAUAUUUGAAAGAAAAGUGAAGCCCCAAAAAUAAUUGCUGCCACAAAAUGAUGCUGCACGAGGCUGUCAUGCUGGAGAUCUAUCGCCAGGCAUUGAGUGCAAGCGAAUUGGCCAGUCCGCGCUGCCAGUCCCGCGAAUCGAAUGCCUCUGCGGGCGCGGCGCCGGGCGAUGGCCGGUGUCCGUCGAAUGAGUCGCACUGCUCCGCCAAUGAUUGCCUCACGCCGGCGCCCACUCCCACGCCUACGCACACGCCCACCUCCCCCACCGUGGGACUGCCUCUGACGGCCACACUGGCGCCAGGAGCUGCCGCGGCACUGCUGCCACCGCAGUCGGCAGCGAUGGCCGCAUACCUGGCGGCUGCACAACAGAAUCACCUGCUGCUGACGAAUCCUCUGGCGGCAGCGGCCUCACUGGUGCAGCAGGCGACGCAACAGGCGGCAGGAAUGGGCUCACCCGGAAGCAUGGUGGCCGAGGAGGAGGCCCCGGCACUGGAUUUUAGCCGAAAGAGACCCUCCAGCGAGGAGGCGGAGGUGAUGGCCAGCGAUGAGGAGGAGCCGGAGCCGGAACCAGAGCCGGCGGAAUCGGGCGACAAUGGACCCCUGGAUCUGUCGGUGAGCACCAGGAAGCGACAGACGACGGUGGAGGAGCGAGAGAGGGAUUCCCCUGUCCGCAAGCUGCCACGUGCCACGGACUACAAAUCCCCGCUCCCGCCGGGCAGUUGGGUGCCACCCCUGAAUCCCUACCUGGCGGCAGUGGCGGCCAAGAAGAUGGCGCCCAGUGAGGCCACCAAAGCGCUGGAGAAGAUGAGCGAAAUGAGCCGCCUGGAGACGCCACCGCCAGCGAGCAACAGCGGCAGCAGCGGCAGCAGCAGCAGCCACAGCCACAGGAGUAUGACAGCAUCCGCAUCGGCGGGAGGAGGCAGUGGUGCAGGUGGACGACACAGCGCCUGGCAAUCCCAUUGGCUGAACAAGGGCGCGGAUGCCGCCAAGGACGUGUUCAAGUGCGUGUGGUGCAAGCAGAGCUUUGCCACAUUGGCCAGCCUCACGACCCACAUGAAGGAGACGCAGCACUGUGGCGUGCAGAUACCCUCACCCUCCUCCGCCGCCGCAGUCGGCGCAGGGAAUCAACCGAUGACCCGCGUGCCCACAUCCACCUCCACCUCGGCCUGCUCCAGCAGCAGCAGCACCUCCACCACAUCCUCGAACUCCUCCAAAUCGGAGCUGAAUAUGCUCAUCAAGGAAACGAUGCCGCUGCCCCGGAAGCUGGUGCGCGGCCAGGACGUGUGGCUGGGCAAGGGGGCGGAGCAGACGCGACAGAUCCUCAAGUGCAUGUGGUGCGGGCAGAGCUUCCGCUCGCUGGCGGAGAUGACCAGCCACAUGCAGGAGACGCAGCACUACACGAACAUCAUAUCCCAAGAGCAGAUCAUCUCCUGGAAGUCAGGAGACGAGCGCGAGCGACCCAAUGCUGCACCCAACGGGCGGGAGGGAGGCCCAGCAGCGCCUCCUCCGGCGGCCAGCAGUGGUGGCACCACAGCGUCUGCCAGCGUCAGUGCGGUGCUCACGUGCAAGGUGUGCGAUCAGGCGUUCUCCACGCUCAAGGAUCUAAGCACCCACAUGGCCCAGCAGUCCCACUACAAGGAAUCUCCAUCGACCAUGUCCUCGUCCUCUUCGGUAUCGCCACCGGCACCGCCUGCCACUGCAGGAGGAGGAGGAGGAGGAGCCACCGCAGUGAACUCCAAACGCGGGCGUCAGACACGCAACGAGAAGCGCAAGAAGUCUCUGCCGGUGAGAAAACUCCUUGAACUAGAGCGUUCCGGCUCCAACUCCAGUCUGGACUCGGCCCUGAAGCCCUUGAGGGACUUUGCGGCCGCCACGAAAAUCACCUGCGAGAAGUGUGGCAGCAAGAUCGAGACGGCUCUGUUUGUGGAGCACAUACGCAAGUGCCUGGGCGACAGCAUACCCAUCCCCCCCAGGCGUCCGCAUGGCCAGAGCCAGUCGAUGGAUCGCCUGCCGAGUCCUGGGAUGACGGGCGAGAAGCCACCAUCCGUGCUGAAUGCCCUGGAGCAGCUGAUCGAGAAGAGCUUCGAGUCGAGGGGAUCGCGUGGCCUGCACCCCGGCGGAGGGGGAUACUCCGAUAUGGGCACACCUCUGGGCGCCAGCAUCCUGAAGCGCUUGGGGAUCGACGAUAGCAGCGACUACACAAAGCCCCUGAUGGAUGCCCAUGCCAUGCACCUGCUGCGCUCCUCCUACGCCUCGCGCGAUCGCAGUGCCAGCGAAUCGAGCAGCGCCAGCCGCGUGGAGUCCGCCUAUACGCCGGAUAGACAGCAGGCCACACCCCGAAGGACACCGGACACACCAGCACCAGCCCAAGCGCCGCCGCCUCCUGCACCGCCGACCAUCAAGGCGGAACCCUUGGAGCUGGAUCAUGGAGAAAUGGAGGCCAGUCCACGGCAGCACAUCAACGUGAAGAAGGAGUUUAGCAUGGACUCAACGGCCGGAAAUCUACGGGAGAGCCCCAGAUCCAACAGCGAAUCGCCAUCGCCACAGGCAACGACAGGAGGAACGGCUACGGAUAGUGGAAGUCUAUUGGCCUUGAAUUCGAUGUUCGAUCAGCUGAGCGGAGUGGAAGCGAAUAAUAAUAAUAAUAAUACGGGACACUGCUAUAACAACAAUAACAACAACACAAGCAAUAUAUCCACUAAAAAACCAAAGGCCCAUCCUUUGGCGGCACUGCAGAAGCUGUGCGAUACAACAGAUCCACCAGCCUCCAAUACGCGCAGUGCUGCAACCACAACAACAGGCUCUGCCACAUCGGGAAUGGGCAACGGGGGCAACGAUCUGGUGGCCUUCAGUUGGGCCUGCAACGAGGCGGUGCUGAGCGCCAGCAGCGGCUGCGGUGGCGAUGCGUCCAUCAUCAAGUGUUCCUUCUGUGAUACGCCGUUCGGGUCGAAGGGGGCCUAUCGCCAUCACCUCUCAAAGGUGCACUUUGUCAAGGACAAUGGCGAGGAUUCGCCCACCAUGAAGUCGCCAGGAGCUGCAGCACAGUCACCAAAGUCCCUGCCAAUGGCCUCGCCCAAGAGAUCCGCUUCGAGGAGUCCGGCAGUGGCAGCGGCACAGCAACCAUCGCCAUCGCCCACCAUCAAUCCGUAUGACGAGAGUCCGCAGUCAAAGUUCUUGAAGUACACGGAAUUGGCCAAGCAGCUGUCAUCGAAGAAUGCCUAAGGAGUGGCAUACCUGCCGAAGAAGGAUGAGGAGUGGGUCUGUUAUACUAAAGAAUGUUAUAGAGGAAUUCCUAAGAUCUCCGACUAAAUUGUGAAACUUUUGAAUGUUUUUCUACAGCGAAAGCUCUACGGGCGGACAGUUUUUUAGUUCGAAUUUACAAUUUACAGGCCCCUAAAAGUUUUACAAAUAAGAGUUCUACUAGCCGACUGUUUCCUUGACUAGAAAAAUAUCAAAACAAUCUUUUUCCAAAAAAAUCUUAACUGCCGGACAGUUCCUUAACCUAUUCCUAGAACCAAUCUAACUAAAGAUUAAAGAUACAUCUACGAGAUCCGAGAUCCUUUGACUCCAUAAGUUAUUCCAUAAGUUCUACCAACGGAAAGUUUCCUUCAAUCGAAAGACAUGUUUCUUGAAAGAAAUAAUACUUAUUUCCAUAAAUUAUUUCAUUUUUUUUCCUAAUGAAUCUCUUCCAUUAGGCGGACAUAUCAUAUUUAGAGUUUAGCCCCCUGUCCGCCCAAGAGAGCUUUCACUGUAUUUAUAAGACAUUUUUUUAUUGUGGCCAUAAAUCUGAUUACCAAAAAAAAACCGUUUUUAACAGAAGUCUCUACUAACAUUACCAUUAUUCUGUUGCACAGUGUAAACCCCAAAUAGCAGUUGAGAUUCCUGUUUUGUGCCUUGAUUUCAUUUCAGAGAUCAAUGGAGAGAGUGGAGCAUAACAUUGAGAAUAUCUGCAGCUAAUUUACGCUCCCAAAUUUAAGACUCUCUCUCGUAAAGCUCUCUCUCUCUCUUGUUCUACUCUCCUCUCUCUGCACAAAAUAUUUCCCCUACUUUUGCUGAAUAUUUCCCCAACAGUCCAACAGCAUUCUGUUUCCCCUUUGUUCCAUGCUCUCUCUCUCUCUCUCUCUCUUAUCGAGAGUGAUGUCAGUCUCCGCUGGCUAUGUGUUUUGUCCGGCUUUAUUGUUUCCCAAUCAGACAGCAUGCCAUCGCAGUCGCACGCGCGAGUGCAGUGCAGUGCUUGAGAAAUUCAAUUACCACCACUUUGACGAACUGCUGUCCAUCACAAAAGCGGGCGGGUGCAGUUCGCGCCAGACAGGGACAACCAUAGGUGCCGGAGCGAACCGCUUGACGAAAGGCGACGACACGAGUUCGUCAAAGUUGGAUUGGAUGGAGGCGAAAGCAAGAGAGAAAAAACAACAAAGUAGGUGGGGUGAACGAGAGAGCGAAAGAGAAGCAGAACUAUUGAGUGCAACGGAACGGGUUUUGAGUGGACAACACUCUUGAGUGCGAAUGAGCGUGGCGGAAUUUGAGUGAACCAAAAAAAAGUGGACUCUAGCGAAAAAACUUUGUUUUCUUUGUAUGUCGAUAUUUUUGAAUGAUAAAUGGAUCUUAAAUUCGGCUCGAUCGUUCCCAUGGAAGCUAUAUAUAUUAUUCUGAUUCCGCAGUUCCUGGUAGAAAAAAUAAAGCGUGCCAAAAACCAAAAUCGAAAUACUUAAACAUAAUUAUACAAAUUAAAUCAUUAAAUUUAAGCAAUUUACAAAAACAAAUGCAACGCAGUAUACGUAAAACUCUUGGAAAAAACUUAAACCUAAACGAAAAAAAAAAAAAUCAAAGUUAACCUGAAAGAAACCUUUAAGAAGAAGAAAGUUAUACCCAAAAAAAUUAUGCAUUAUAUAAAUGUAAAUAAUUAGCAAAUAGCACUUUCCUUCCAUAAAAUACAAAAAAAAAACUAUAUAAACAUAUGUAUCUUGAAUGAUACGGAAAGCUAUAUCUGUACUUAAAGAUAGGUUAAAAGCUAUAUGUUCUUGAAGAAAGUCGAAAUCAAAAUGUAGCCACAGCAACGCAUGUAUACGCAACACAAUUUUAACAAAAAAAAAACAACAACAACUAUAUAAAUAUUAUAUACAAAUUAUAUAUACAUAUAUGAAUACCAUAUACAACCCAUGUAUACCAGCAACUCCAAUCUCAAACAAUAACUAAGAAGAAUCUUGAAUAUCUAACCUAAGAACUAAACCUAAGAGAAGAGCCUCUCGGCGGAAGAGAGGAAUCCUUACAGAGAAUGUAAAACAUUUCAAGCAUCAUUAUCAAUCAUCAACAUCAUCAUGAGCAUCAAUCUAUCAUCGGGAAUAGUUUACAUCUAUAAUGAUACGAUAUACGAUAUAAAUACUUAUGUAUACGACUUGUAUUUGAGUUUUUGUGAUAUUAUUUAUAAAACGAAACCGUUCGCUUCCUUUUCGCCAUGCCCACAGCCCUCCUCUAACAAUCCUAUGCCCUGUAACACCAUCCCAGCCCUCCCCCCAAAAAUCCCCUCCCUUUAGGAUCGUAAGUGUAAGUUAUAUAUAUGUAAUAAAUGCAAUAAAGGCGCAGCAUUCAAAAUAACAUUUAAA